AUGGGCAAGUAUGAAGGAAGGAUCUUUUCCCCCGCUAGGUACACUGAACACAAGAUCAGUCAUGGUCACAAGAUAAAGGCUAUGCUUAGAGGCCGUGGUCGACAAUUAUCUACUGAGAUUGAAGGCCGUGGUAUGGAUUCUCAAUAUAGAAGGUUGGAGGCGACAAAUGAAAGGUUAUUAAAAUUCUUGAGGAUCAGAAUCAUAAGGGUGAACUGGACCAAGAAAAUUGCCUCAUUCUAUCUUGAGGACACUGCAAGUAUGUGGUGGAAAACCAUGAAGGCUAAGCAGGACAACAUUGGGAUGACCUGGGAAGAGUUUUUGGUAAGACUGAGGAAUAGAUUUUAUCCUAUCUCCCUUCAAAGGAGAAAGAAGGGUGAAUUUCUCACGCUAUCGCAAGAGAAAAUGUCAGUUCUGGAAUACUCGGGCAAAUUCAUGGAAUUAUCUAGGUUUGCGCCCGAUUUCAUUGCCAAUGAUCGAAUGAAAGCCUCAAGGUUCUUCGAAGGGCUAAAUCUGAACUUGCAGAAGUUUAACCGAGAGAGGGGAAAACAAGUAGUGUACCCAUCUAAGAAAACAAAAAUCGAGAGCCUCAAAUUUCAAUACCAGAAACCCAGUGGUAAGCAAACUUGGAGUAGAGACUUGACCAGACAACAAAGGAAAGAAAUCUGGGUGUGUCCUAAGUGUAGUCGAAAACAUUAUGGAGAGGAUUGUCAGGGUAAAAGGUUGUGUUUUACUUGUGGUCAACUAGGUCUCAUUACUAAAGACUGUCCUAAGGGAGGUAAUCUAAAUAAAAUUCCACUUGGGAAUAAAGGAGGAAAGUUUAAUAACAAUCAGAGGGUGGUAGGUCGAAUGUACGCUAUGGAAGGUGAAUCUAAGUUUCCUGAUGAAUGUGAACCUCAAGGUAAUGUCAUUUCUGGUGUCCUUAAAGUUCGCAAUAAAUUUUCUUAUGUUUUAUUCGAUAUAGCUGCCGACUAUUGUUUUAUUUCACAUAAAUUUCUUAAAAAACUAAAAUUUCCCCUUAGUUUUGUAAGCAUAAAUUUAAAAGUCGGGAUCUUUGAUGGAUCCCAUUUUUCUUGUAAUAAACUCUAUAAAAACUGCCCUAUUGAGAUUUCUCCCCAAAUUUUAAUUGCGGAUCUAGUCGAGUUUGAGUUGGGUGAAUAA